CUAGUCAAGUGUACAGAGGUACGUCCUCUCAUUCCCACCAUGCUGAAAUCAACGUUCUCUCCCAUUUUUUGGGUGCUUUCUCCAAAACCUAAGUCUCCAAAAGUAUCAUCUCACACAAUCUUCCGAAACAGCACGCCACAUGUUCGCUACAACGCCUCUUUCAACACCUCACCACUCCCACACCCUUCAUCAGCUUACAUUCACCUCCCUUUCUGUCGAAAACGUUGCCACUACUGUGACUUCCCCAUCGUCGCUCUUGGCUCCUCUUCAACCCAAACACACGACGACCCACGAGUCUCGAACUACAUACACUGGCUCUGCAGAGAAAUCAACGCAACCCAAGUGGAACAACUCAAUGCCACGACCCCUCUUCAAACGGUCUAUUUUGGUGGUGGAACACCCUCCCUCGUACCUCCUAGGAUGGUUUCCUCGGUUUUGGAGACUCUGAGGAUGAAGUUUGGGUUGAGUGAGGAUGCUGAAAUAUCAAUGGAAAUGGACCCGGGCACGUUUGAUGCCAACAAGAUGCGAGAGAUGAUGCUGUUGGGAGUUAACAGAGUGUCUUUGGGGGUUCAAGCAUUUCAGGAGAAGCUUUUGAGGGCUUGUGGAAGAGCACAUGGCGUGAAAGAGGUUCAUGAAGCUAUUGACAUUGUUAAGUUAUGUGGGAUUCAGAAUUGGAGUGUAGAUCUUAUAGCUUCACUGCCUCAUCAGACUAGUGAUAUGUGGGGGGAAAGUCUAAGGCUCACCAUUGAGGCACAACCAACUCAUGUUUCAGUUUAUGACUUGCAAAUUGAGCAAGGCACAAAAUUUGGAAGAAUAUACUCACCAGGGGAAUUUCCUCUCCCUUCUGAGGUACAAUCAGCUGAUUUCUACAAGAUGGCUUCAAGCAUGCUUUAUAAUGCAGAUUAUAACCAUUAUGAAAUCAGCAGCUACUGUAAGAGUGGAUACGAGUGCAAACACAAUUACACCUAUUGGAAGAACAAGCCUUUCUAUGGCUUUGGCCUUGGCUCUGCAAGUUUUGUUGGUGGGUUGAGAUUUUCGAGGCCGAAGAAGGUGAAUGAUUACAUUAAUUUUGUUCAAAAUCUAGAAAAUGGAUUGGUAAAUAGCUCAGCUGUUGGCCACAUUCAGAGCAAGGACACAGCCAUGGAUGUGGUCAUGCUGUCCCUAAGAACUGCAAGAGGCCUAGACUUGAAGUCUUUUCAAGAAUCAUUUGGCAGCUCUGUUGUUUUGCCUUUGCUUGAGGCUUAUAAACCUUAUGUUGAGAGUGGACAUGUGAUUUGCUUGGAUGGGGAGAGGAGAGCCAUUAGAGUAGAUGAUCUCAACAAUUCUUUUUUGAAUAAAACUAACACAGAAAGGUGGGUGGCUUAUGUAAGGCUAAGUGAUCCAGAAGGUUUUCUCUUAUCAAAUGAGCUAAUAGCCCUUGCUUUUGGGGUUAUUGACUCUUGGAAGGAAUGCUCUUCAUGCUAAAUAGCUACUUGAAAGCAUGACUGCGUAUCUGUUUAAGCAGCAACAAGUUUGUUAAUAGCUAUAGCUUAUGUUAUCUUACAAUUACUUUUAUGUUUUGUUGGAUGGCGGGGAUGGAUACUCAAACGCCAAUGGUGGGCAUCCAUAUAUCUUCACAGUAAAAUAAAUAACUCAUGAAAUGAA